AUGGCUAAAGUUCUUGACAGCUUGCUCAAUGCACAACUUCAGAGCCAUGUAAAGUUGCACGAUGCGCAGUUCGGUUUUAGGCCUGGACUGUCAACUGAAACCGCAAUAUUGUGCCUUAAGCAAGCUGUCAGGUAUUACAGAGAUAGGAACACGCCUGUGUACGCGUGUUUCCUGGACCUGUCAAAGGCUUUCGACCUUGUUGUUUACCGCAUACUGUGGGACAAGCUAGCCAAAUCUGGAAUACCCAGGGAAUGUAUAGAUCUGUUAAAGUAUUGGUAUAACAGCCAGGUCAAUCAGGCUCCUAAGUAUAAUUCAGAAGUGAGUGUGCCUAGGAUUGUGCUGGAUGGAGUGCCCCUCAAAGUGGUGGAGAGCUUCAGAUAUCUGGGGCAUGUGCUUACCAGAGAUCUGAAGGAUGAUGCGGAUAUGGAACGGGAGAGGAGGGCUUUGGCAAGGGCCUACAAUACCCUGAGAGUUCAGUACAACAACAUCCUGAGGAUGCUGAUGAAACUGCCAAAGUAUUGUAGUGCCUCGGGCAUGUUUGCAGAGUUACGCAUAGAUGACUUUUAUGCCAUUAGGCGUAAAAGAAUAGCGUCCCUGCUAAAGCGCGUGCGUGGCAGUAGCAACAGCCUCCUGAGGGUGUUGUCUGAACGCCUAGAUUGCCGCCUCACAAAAUACUGGGUAGAGGUGGUGAUAGGCGCAGACAAAUAG